CCUCCCAUCCCACCUCGCAAUCUCCGCCCAAAUCCGACGCCUCCACGCAAAAACCCCGUAAAAAUCUCCGCCGCCGCCGCCGCCGCGAUGGCCGCCACCGCUGCCACCGCCCACACCUUCCUCCACCUCGCCGCCCCGAGGAAUCCCUCCGCCGCGCCCACAAGCCUCCUCCGCCUCCCGGGACGCCGCGUGAACCACGCCCGCCUCACGGCCAGCUGCAGCGGCUCCGGGAACAACAACGCCGCCGGCGCCGGCACCGACGACCUCGCCGCCUUCCCCAACCCCAACGGGAUCCUCGUCGCGCCCCCCGCGGCGGCGUCGCCCUCGCACUCGCCCAUCGACGUCGACGUGGCCACGGAGGCGGAGCUGCGGGAGAACGGGUUCCGGAGCACGCGGCGCACCAAGCUCGUCUGCACCGUGGGCCCCGCCACCUGCGGCCCCGAGGAGCUGGAGGCGCUGGCCGUCGGCGGGAUGAACGUGGCGCGCGUCAACAUGUGCCACGGGGACCGGGAGUGGCACCGCGGGGUCAUCCGCGCCGUGCGGAGCCUCAACGAGGAGAAGGGCUUCGCCGUCGCCGUCAUGAUGGACACCGAGGGGAGUGAGAUCCACAUGGGGGACCUCGGCGGCGCUCCGGCCGCCAAGGCGGAGGAUGGAGAAAUAUGGACAUUCAGCGUAAGAUCUUUUGAGGCACCUCCCCCAGAACGAACUAUCCAUGUGAACUAUGAAGGCUUUGCUGAAGAUGUAAGAGUUGGUGAUGAGCUUCUUGUUGAUGGUGGAAUGGCUCGGUUUGAGGUGAUUGAGAAAUUAGGGCCAGAUGUCAAGUGCCGUUGCACAGAUCCUGGUUUGUUAUUACCACGUGCCAAUCUCACAUUUUGGCGGGAUGGCAGUAUUGUCCGUGAGAGGAACGCUAUGCUUCCAACUAUUUCAUCAAAGGAUUGGCUUGACAUAGACUUUGGAAUUUCUGAAGGUGUAGAUUUUAUUGCAGUUUCGUUUGUCAAGUCUGCAGAAGUAAUUAACCAUCUGAAAAGCUAUAUAGCUGCAAGGAGCCGGGGCAGUGAUAUAGCGGUCAUUGCAAAGAUUGAGAGCAUUGACUCUUUGAAGAACUUGGAGGAAAUAAUCCGUGCUUCAGACGGUGCCAUGGUAGCCAGAGGAGAUAUGGGGGCACAAAUUCCCUUGGAGCAGGUCCCCUCAGUACAACAAAAGAUAGUUAAACUGUGCAGGCAGCUCAACAAGCCAGUCAUUGUUGCGUCCCAGCUUCUUGAAUCGAUGAUUGAGUAUCCUACACCCACCAGGGCCGAAGUAGCUGAUGUUUCUGAAGCAGUUCGUCAACGUGCAGAUGCACUUAUGCUCUCUGGUGAAUCAGCUAUGGGGAGAUAUCCAGAGAAAGCUCUUAGUGUCCUCAGGAGUGUUAGCAUAAGGAUUGAGAAGUGGUGGAGAGAGGAGAAGCGUCACGAGGAGCUGGAACUUAAAGAUGUUUCAUCUUCAUUCUCUGACAAAAUAUCAGAAGAAAUCUGCAUUUCGGCUGCCAAAAUGGCCAACAAAUUGGAGGUAGAUGCCGUUUUUGUCUACACAAAGACUGGCCACAUGGCGUCCCUGCUCUCACGGUGCCGUCCUGACUGCCCGAUUUUCGCCUUCACGAGCUCGACAUCUGUGCGGAGACGGCUGAACCUUCAAUGGGGCCUCAUCCCUUUCCGCCUCAGCUUCUCAGAUGACAUGGAGAGCAACCUGAACCGCACCUUCUCGCUGCUCAAGGCCAGGGGCAUGAUCCAGUCUGGCGACCUGGUCAUCGCGCUCUCCGACAUGCUGCAGUCCAUCCAGGUCAUGAACGUACCUUGAGAAUCAUCAUUCCUCCCUCGUGCUUGUUUAUUCUGCCCCAAAAUGAAACGCCUUUAUUUUGAUAUCUCAAGGGGGCAGUUUUCUGGAUGGAAUUUAUUCGUUUGUUCUCCAUUGUGUUAGACAACAGAACAAGAGAAUGUUACAACAAUAAUGCUGCAACUUCCAGCAGCGUUGUAAACCCUAUGCUAUUUAGCCUGAUGUAGACCAUGUACUGUUUUGUCGCUUACCAUUCUAGGCUGUGUGUGUACUAACCUCUAUUUAAGCUAUGUAUGAAAAUUUUCUUUAUCAGAAAAUACUCCUUACUAGGGCCUA